GACUUGCUGACUACUUUCAAAAUAACAGAAUGCUUUCUGCUGUUGUUGAGUGUUGAGGUUGUCAAGUCUUGAGACUUCUCUCUCACCUCUCUAAUCUGUGUUAGUCUUAUUUUAUUUCAUUUUUGAUCAGUUAAGUAUUUUGGCAGGUAGACGUCUUAAUAAUAACAAUUGAUCUGAAAAUCAUAAAAUAAUAUAUUCUACAGUUUUAGCAGAAUAGACAUUACAGUACAGUGCUCGUUUCAAUAUUACCAGUCGUUGCAUUCUUAUAAAACAUAAUUAACAAAUUUGUCAUGUCGGGCUGAUUCGCUGGUUAGAUUAUCUAGUUUUAUUAUUCACCUUCACCAACCCUAUGGGUAACAAUAACUCAAGCAAAAAACGUCAGUCUCGACGCGGCAGGUUAUCUGUGUGCGAAGUCACGAGGAUUGUCGACUCCUUGGAUGGCUCUUGUAACACAGACCUUUCAAAGGGGGUCAGCGUUGAGGUUGUCAAGACGUUAUGGCGCGAAGAGCUUGUGCCGUCUCUGCUAGUUCUGUACCAGGAGGAGUUGUUUCCUCUGUCGGGCGGGCGCAGUCGGAAGUCGGUGGAGGAGUUUGCCGAGUUGUACGUGAGCUUGGCGCGAGGCGACGCGGCCGAGCGAGCACGAGCCAUCGCCAGGGUGCUCAUGGAGCCCAAGCGCCGUCAGCUCUAUCUGCACGAGAAGACUCGGCCCGAACAGCAUCUCGAGCCCAUUCUGCUCGCCUCACUGGUCAAGUAUGUGUCGGAUGUGCUGGAGUCGUACUUGCGAGGCAUCGAGCGUCGACGCACGCGCGAGUUCCUGAGCUGGCAGAGCGCCACCUCAACGGCCAAGGAGAACGUAUUCAAUGUGGCCAGGUGCUGGUGUGUCGAGCUCGAAUCCGACAGCAGUGAGGUUAGCCUGGAUGACUUGGAGCUGUGGGUGGCGCGAUGUGGUGUAAUGUCGCUGCUGCACAAAGAGCUGAUGACUGCACUCUACAACCUGGAGUCCGACGAGAUGGAGAGAGACGAAACUAGUGACGAGCGAAUCGCUCUCUUACCAGUAGCGAUGAACACGUCCGACACGGCAGUCACGCACUCUGUUCUCGAUCUCGCUCACAUUCUUCACCUCAACUACCUACUGCACCAAGAUUACCAGCGGCAGUGGAGGCCAUUGUUCUCAACCGGAAGUCAUGGAGAGAGUUUUUCAAUGCUGGUCGGAAAGAUAGCCGAACGGGGGCCGACCAUUAUAGUUGUCGAAGACGAGGCAGGCCAUGUCUUUGGAGGAGUCACCUCGCACAGUUGGCUUGUCAGUCCCAAAUUUCAAGGUGAUUCCACUUGCUUUCUUUUCACACUUCGACCUCUAGUUAGCGUAUUCCAUGCAACCGGGUUCAACGACCAUUUCAUGUAUCUCAACCAGAAUCAGCAAACCAUGCCCAACGGACUGGGAAUGGGAGGCCAGCAUAACUACUGGGGAUUCUGGUUGGAUGCGGAAUUUGGCAAGGGAAAGUGCAGCGAGUCAUGCACCACAUUCUCCAAUUACAAAACAAUGUCAGCUAAUCGCGAGUUCACCAUUAAGCAUCUGGAAGUGUGGGGAGUGGGCCCAGCACCUCUAUCGGCCGAAGAUAAGGGAGAGAGACCAGGUAUUUUGGUGAAGGAUCCGACAGCGCGAUGUAUUCUAGAGAUGGCUGGGAAGACUCAGCACAGUGCUGGCAUGAAAGAAUUGGAUCCCAAGUAAAAUCUAGUUCAAAAUUGUACUGGACAGUACGGACAACAAGAGAUUCUAUUUUUGCUGACGUUCAGCAUGAAAUGAGUGGUGAACAGAAUGUUUCAUAAAGGUGGAGUUGUGCUCAAUUUUUCGCAUUUGCUGUUAUUUCUAUAAGUUCCAGUUAAUAAGUUAUUCAAUUGUUCUUGAAAAUUAUUGUGAAUUUGAAAAAUUCGACAAUAUUAUGAAUGAAAAAUACUACUUGUACAUAGAAACAAAUAUUAGGUUUUUAUUCUAUUUUAGUUUUCACUAGCUAUUGUUUCUCUUUUGAGGAAAUCAUUUCUUUUAACUCUUGUUACAGUUUUCCACUGUAAGCUUAGCUACUUGAGUGAUUCAAGUAAAUGAGAGCAGCCUCAUCUUCAUUAUUAGAGGCUCAUUGAGUCGAUGAGCCCCAAAGCGAAAAUUAUUUCAUAAACAGUUCAACCGUUUAGAGCGGUUAAUAUGGUCGCAAUAGAUCAUGAAGUGAAUUAAAUAUAAGUAGUUAUUAACCAUAAAUACAGCUAUCAUAAUCAGAGAUUGCAACAAUUAGAAAUAUCGCUCGAAACUUUAUAAUGGACAUUUCCGUUUUUUGGAGUUCUGUUAUAAUAAGAGUUGAUAAUACAUCUGUUAUGAUUAUGUUAUUAUCUUCAUGUUUAUUAAAUACAGCAAUGCAUAAAUUACCUGAUAACUUAUGUUGAAUUGAAUUAUCAAUUUCAUAGAAUGGUGAUAACCUCACACUUUUUCCCUCCACAUUGCUAUGGCUUUAUAAUUAGAAUUACUUACUCACACUACUAAUCAAUCAGUUGCAAUUUUUUUCAUUUUUCAACAUUGUAAGGACAGCUAUUGAUUUUAGGAUAAAUAUUUUUAUUGCUCUCUUAAUUGUAUUUUAUUAAGUUUGAGGGGUGAUAGAAUAUAAUUCCUUAGUAUCAGCUCAUGCUGCUAAAUACAUGUUGGUUGAUAUUAUUUUAAAUUUUUCCCUCUAUACAGAGAGGACUCUUUGAUAUGGUAUAAUUAUGUGUUGAUAAAUUUGAUAAAUAUUUUUAGAGAGCAAUCAAGUCAAAAAUCUUGUGAUUUCGGAAGCUCAAAUUUCAAAUAAUAAUAAUAAUGAUAGUUCCUAAGUUAAUAACAAAUUAUUAAUAUAAGCUAGACGGAUAGAUUUACUGUACAUAUUUUCUCAAUAUAUUAUUAUCUGUUCGAUAAUUUAGGUUUUACAGUUUUAGAACUCACGUGUGAUUGACUUAUUUCGAAUACAAAAAUGUACCGCAUUUCAUCAUUUGCUUUCAAGGAAUGAAACUAGAAAAGUUUCUGACUUAAUUUGGCUGAUUUAUGCAUGGCAGAUGUAAUGGAAAUAUUGAGAAUCCAAUUCAUUUUAAUCUGAUUAAUUCUCAUAUCAGUUUUAGAUUUAUGAAUCAUCAUCGUACAGAAUUUCCAUUUAGAACUGUUCAAAUAUUAAAUGUUGAUGUUUUUGUUUAAAAAUGGCUGAGAAAAUAAUUCUAUUGUAAAUUGGAAAAAUUUCUGGAUAUAAAUUAUGUUGACCUCUGUACAUUUUGUUCGAUAUUCGAACACAUUUCAUUUUGACUGUGAUUUACUGUUUUUGUAUAAAAUAAAAGAAUUUAAAACA